CAAGUCGGCCCCCCCCCCCCCUUUUUGUGCUACAGUUGGAGAGAGAGGGGGGGAGGGAGAGAGAGAGAUGGGGGGAGAGAGGAAGAGGAAGAGGGAGGGAGGGGAAGAGGGAGAACAACAGACAGAAGCAGGCAGGCUGACUGGCAAAGCGCCUGCAGGUCUCAAGAUUCUCCUAUUUCACUUCGUUACCAAAUGCCGCUGUCGAGCCAGAUCAGGCCAGAUCAUAUCAGCUGCCACCGAGGAAAUGCCAACGGAUGUCUUGUAAGAGGAGGAGGAAGGAGGAGGAAGAAGAAAAGGGAACCAACGGCACUACCAAUCCCCGUCACCCGCGCUCUGUGUGUACGUGUAAGCAUUUGCCAUGCUCUCGUACUGCCAGAUGGUUCAUACGUGCCGUUUCCCUGCCGUGCCCUUCCUCCACACUGUCUACGCCCUCCUCCACCUCGCGCUCGUUUCGACCCCCGGCCAGUGGACCGCGGGCAUGCAUGCGUAGGAAUUGGUACGCACGAUCUGCUGCUGCUACUGCCGCCGCCGCCGCGGCGACUACCACCGCUACCACCGAUAACGCUCGACACCCGCCUGCUACUUUUUCUUAUUGUUUUCCUUGGAA